ACACACACACAUACAAUAGCUGUAACUGCGCAGCAUAUGUGUGAGUUUGAUUUAGGUAGUGUUAGUUGAACACCAAAAAGCCGAAGCAGCCGAAGGUGAACGCCGAAUUGUACUCAGUGUUGCCGAAGUGCCCCGAACAUUUUACCGAGGCAGCGUGAGCAUCUCUAGUAACGCCGUUAAUGUCGCAUUUACCCGCCGUUUUUGUCCACGUUUGUCGUUGAAUUGUCAAUAAUUAGUGGUCUAAAUAAUAAAUAAAGUGUAUCGGCGAUGGCGUCAGACGAGGAGGUAGAGGAGAGUUACGCAGGGGAAGAUGACGUGGAGGAGUCCAAUGCAACAGUAGCUAAUGUCGCUCAACCCCUCGACGGUUCGUCAGACGCUGAAGAAUCUCAAAGACUCGAGGAGGAUGACGACUACGAGCCCGAGGAGCGUAAAAAGAAGAAAGGAAAGAAGCGAAAAGCCAGGAGUGAGGAUAAAAAAGGAAAAAAGAAGAAAAAGAAGAAAAAAUCAGACUCGGGAGAUGAGAGUGAUUACGGGGGUGGUGGUGGUGGUGAGGUGGUUGAUGGUGGAGGUGAGGACAGUGACUAUGCCAGCAAUCGUAAGAGUAGAAAAUCAUCGUCGAGAAAAUCGUCGAGUCACAGUACCUCGACAACACAGGCCCAGGAGCCGGCAACUGGAAUGCCAACGAUUGAGGAAGUUUGCAGUACAUUUGGCCUGACGGAUGUGCCAAUUGAGUACACAGACGCAGAUUUUCAGAAUCUAACGGCUUACAAAUUGUUUCAACAGCACGUGAGACCAGCACUGGCUAAAGAGAACCCAAAAGUCCCGAUGUCAAAGUUGAUGAUGCUGGUGGCAGCAAAAUGGCGUGACUUUUUGGUGCUGAAUCCUCAUACCCAACCAGACACUGAAGUCUCUAUGUCAAAUGCAGAGGAGGAGAACAAAAGUGCUAGAUCGAGUCGUGGUGCACCUGUUCAGGAGAUUGACGACGACGAGGAGGAGGACGAGGACAGUGAUCGCCGGAGAAAGUCACGUGGCUCGAGGGCCAAGAAGGGGAAAAAGGCCUCCAAGGUGCCAACCCUCAAGAUCAAAUUGGGAAAACGUAAACGAGGGAGUUCGGAUGAGGAGGCCGAAGGCAGUGUCGCAGGCUCUGACAGAGACUCUGAUAUGGAAUUUGAGCAGAUGCUGGCUGAUGCUGAAGAGGUACCUGGCGGCGAAGGAAGUACCAAGGGCCAUGAGGAUGCGGCCCCUGAGGCACCGGCAGAACCACCAGUUCGGAGGAAGGCUAAAACCAAGAUUGGUAAUAAAACUAAAAAGAAAAAGAAGACCAAGACGACCUCCAAGUUUCCAGAUGGCGAGCAGACUGAUCACCAAGACUACUGCGAGGUUUGCCAGCAAGGUGGUGAGAUAAUCCUCUGCGACACGUGCCCGAGAGCAUACCAUUUGGUAUGCCUCGAGCCAGAGUUGGAGGAAACCCCCGAGGGAAAAUGGAGCUGUCCCCACUGCGAAGGCGAAGGUAUUUCAGGUGCUGCCGAGGAUGACGACGAGCACAUGGAGUUUUGUCGCGUCUGCAAGGACGGCGGAGAACUCCUUUGUUGCGACAGCUGUACAAGCGCUUACCACACGCACUGUCUCAAUCCACCCCUCUCCGAGAUCCCUGAUGGCGACUGGAAGUGUCCGAGAUGUUCCUGUCCCCCUCUGAUGGGUAGAGUCGCCAAGAUUUUAACCUGGAGGUGGAAAGAGAAUAGUACUGAGAGUCCCUCAGAGGAGCCCUCCACCAGCAAAGCAGCCCCCAAGCCCCGAAGAACUCGUGAAUUCUUCGUCAAAUGGGCUGAGAUGUCAUACUGGCACUGUGACUGGGUGACCGAGCUCCAGCUGGAUGUAUUUCACCCCCUAAUGUUCCGAAACUACUCUCGAAAAUACGACAUGGACGAGCCUCCAAAGUUAGAAGAGCCAUUGGACGAGAGUGAUACUCGAGUAAAACGUCUGCUUGCCGUUGAUAGUGCAGCUACCACUCGUGAUGAAGCAGCAUUGGAGGAGAAAUUCUAUCGUUACGGGGUUCGUCCAGAGUGGCUGGUGGUUCACCGAGUGAUAAAUCAUCGUUAUCAGAGAGAUGGUAGAGCGGCUUAUCUCGUUAAAUGGCGAGAAUUGGGGUAUGAUCAGGCCACAUGGGAGGACGAGCACGAGGACAUUCCUGGGCUCAAACAGGCCAUCGAUUACUACCAGGAUCUGCGAGCUGCCAAUAGCUUGGAGGGCACCACUUCGAGAAAAGGGAAAAAGGGUAAAGGAAAAAAGUCCAAGACACGUGAACUCAUUGACGAUGAAGAGAGAGCCCCAAGACGUUAUACUCCACCUCCUGACAAGCCCACAACAGACCUGAAGAAGAAAUACGAGAGACAACCAGACUAUCUCGACAUUACUGGGAUGCAGCUACAUCCUUAUCAACUGGAGGGUCUCAACUGGUUGAGAUACUCGUGGGGACAGGGCAUCGACACCAUCCUCGCUGAUGAAAUGGGUCUCGGUAAGACCAUUCAAACCAUCACUUUCCUCUAUUCACUUUACAAAGAGGGACACUGCAAGGGACCUUUCCUUGUCUCGGUUCCCCUCUCCACUAUCAUCAAUUGGGAACGUGAGUUCGAGACUUGGGCGCCUGAUUUCUACUGCGUCACAUAUGUCGGUGAUAAAGACAGUCGAAUUGUCAUUCGAGAGAAUGAAUUGUCCUUUGAGGAAGGUGCUGUGCGUUCUGGUCGUGCCUCAAAAAUUCGCUCUUCACAGAUUAAAUUCAACGUCUUGCUGACAAGUUAUGAACUCAUUUCGAUUGACUCUGCAUGUUUAGGAUCGAUCGACUGGGCUGUUCUCGUUGUGGACGAGGCUCACAGGCUCAAGUCUAAUCAGUCCAAGUUCUUCAGGCUGCUGGCGUCGUAUAACAUUGCUUAUAAAUUAUUGCUCACUGGUACACCCCUUCAGAAUAACCUCGAAGAGCUUUUCCAUCUCCUAAAUUUCCUCUGUCGAGACAAGUUCAACGAUCUGUCUGCAUUCCAAAACGAGUUUGCAGAUAUUUCCAAGGAGGAACAGGUGAAGAAACUUCACGAGAUGUUGGGUCCCCACAUGUUGAGAAGAUUGAAGGCAGAUGUACUGAAAAAUAUGCCGAGUAAAUCAGAGUUUAUUGUUCGUGUCGAGCUCUCCCCAAUGCAAAAGAAAUACUACAAGUACAUUUUAACGAGAAACUUCGAGGCUCUCAAUCCAAAAGGCGGAGGUCAGCAGGUGUCCCUCCUGAACAUCAUGAUGGAUUUGAAGAAGUGUUGUAAUCAUCCGUACUUAUUCCCAGCUGCAUCCCAAGAGGCACCAACAGGUCCAAACGGCAAUUACGAGAGUUCUGCUUUGAUAAAAGCAGCUGGAAAGCUUGUUCUCUUGAGCAGGAUGCUUAAGAAAUUGAGGGACGAUGGCCAUCGCGUUCUCAUUUUCUCCCAAAUGACAAAGAUGUUGGACAUUCUUGAGGAUUACCUCGAGGGCGAGGGCUACAAGUACGAGAGAAUUGACGGUAACAUCACUGGUACCCAACGACAAGAGGCUAUCGACAGAUUUAAUGCGCCUGGUGCUCAACAAUUUGUAUUUCUACUGUCUACUCGUGCUGGUGGUCUUGGUAUCAACUUGGCAACAGCUGACACUGUGAUAAUCUACGAUUCCGAUUGGAAUCCCCACAAUGAUAUUCAGGCAUUCUCUCGUGCCCACAGAAUCGGUCAAGCCAACAAGGUUAUGAUUUAUCGAUUCGUCACGAGAAAUUCAGUGGAGGAACGUGUGACCCAGGUUGCCAAACGAAAGAUGAUGUUGACUCAUUUGGUGGUGAGACCUGGAAUGGGAGGAAAGGGCGCCAACUUCAGUAAACAAGAGCUUGAUGACAUUUUACGUUUUGGCACUGAAGAGUUGUUCAAAGAAGAAGAGGGCAAGGAGGAUGAGGCAAUUCAUUAUGACGACAAGGCAGUGGCUGAACUCCUUGAUCGCAGUAAAGAGGGUAUCGAGCAGAAGGAGAACUGGGCAAACGAGUACUUAAGUUCCUUCAAAGUUGCCUCUUAUGUUACCAAGGAGGGUGAAACUGAGGAGGAAGCUGAUACAGAGAUUAUCAAGCAGGAAGCGGAAAACACUGAUCCAGCUUACUGGAUCAAACUCCUCAGGCAUCACUACGAGCAGCAGCAGGAGGACAUCGCCCGGACCCUUGGCAAGGGUAAACGUGUCCGCAAACAGGUCAAUUACAACGAUGGUGGAGUCACUGGGGACCAGGGGGCACGUGAUGAUCAACCCUGGCAGGAGAAUCUCUCUGAUUACAACAGUGACUUUAGUGCACCGAGUGAUGAUGAUAAGGAGGAUGAUGACUUUGAUGAGAAAGGAGAUGGGGACCUGUUGUCAAGGAGGAGUAGACGUCGAUUGGAGAGACGUGAUGAGAAGGACAGGCCAUUGCCACCACUGCUUGCUAGAGUUAAUGGAAAUAUUGAGGUUCUCGGUUUCAACGCGAGACAACGAAAGGCCUUCCUCAACGCAAUAAUGCGCUAUGGAAUGCCACCUCAGGAUGCAUUCAAUUCUCAAUGUAGGUUGGUGCGAGACCUAAGGGGCAAAUCGGAAAAGAACUUCAAGGCCUACGUCUCCCUCUUCAUGAGACAUCUGUGCGAGCCAGGUGCUGAUAAUGCAGAGACAUUUGCUGAUGGUGUACCCAGAGAAGGACUCAGUCGUCAGCAUGUGCUCACAAGAAUUGGUGUCAUGUCACUUAUUCGAAAGAAAGUCCAGGAGUUUGAACACAUCAAUGGUUACUACUCGAUGCCUGAAAUGAUUAGAAAACCAGUGGAACCAGUCAAGUCGGAGAGUGCAGCUGUUGCUGCGACCGCUGUUGCCCCAGGCACUGCAACACCACCAACAACAACAACAACAAUAACAACAACAACAGGCCCUGAGAGUGUAACAUCGACAAUAACCAGUACCAGUACAACAGCAACAACUUCUAGUACCCCAAGUCCAACUUCGACAGUGACACCCACCAGCACAUCUCCAUCCAUGGGUAUCACCACCCAGAGUUCCUCAGUUCCAACAUCAGCUGCAGUGAACUCCAAUGAAACAAAAACCUCAAUCGAUGAAGAUGGAAAAGAGACGAAGGAAGAGAUCAAGGAGAAAGAAUCUGGAUUAGAACCUAAAGAACCGAAAGAGGAGGCAAAAGAACCCAAGGAGACAGCUGAUGCAUCAAGUGAUAAGGAGAUUAAACCCAAGGAAGAGGACAAAAGAGAGGAGAAGACCACAGAUUCCGAGAGCUCUGAGAAGGAGAAAGAUCAGUCAGCAGAUGCUAAAUCUGAGAAAAUUGUUAAAUCUGAGGAGAACAAAGCUGAGGGUGAAUCAAAACCCAAGCUCGAGACAGAGGAGGAGGUAGUUAUCGUCAAGGACGAUGAGGAAGAGUCCGAGAAGAAAGAGGAGAAAGAUAGUAAAGACAAAGAGACCAAGGAUACAGAAGUGGAAGUGAAACCAAAACGUAAAUUCAUGUUCAACAUUGCUGAUGGAGGUUUCACAGAGCUGCACACCCUGUGGUUGAACGAGGAGAAGGCAGCAGUGCCUGGUAGAGAGUAUGAGAUAUGGCACAGAAGACAUGAUUACUGGUUAUUAGCUGGUAUCGUAACUCAUGGCUAUGGUCGCUGGCAGGACAUCCAGAAUGAUAUAAGAUUUGCGAUAAUCAACGAGCCAUUCAAGAUGGACGUUGGCAAAGGCAAUUUCCUCGAGAUCAAGAAUAAAUUUUUGGCAAGACGUUUCAAGCUUCUCGAGCAGGCCCUCGUCAUCGAGGAGCAGUUGAGGAGAGCUGCAUACCUGAAUCUCACUCAGGAUCCAAAUCAUCCGGCAAUGAGUCUGAAUGCAAGAUUUGCCGAGGUAGAGUGUCUCGCCGAGUCCCACCAGCAUCUCAGCAAGGAGAGCCUGGCUGGCAACAAACCAGCCAAUGCAGUCCUCCACAAGGUCCUCAAUCAGCUCGAGGAGCUCCUCUCAGACAUGAAAUCUGAUGUUUCUCGUCUGCCAGCCACUCUCGCACGUAUUCCACCAGUUGCCCAGCGUCUCCAAAUGUCAGAGCGCUCGAUUCUUAGUCGAUUGGCAGCAACUGCACCUGGAGGUGGCAGCAGUCAAGCUGGACAGGCUGCCCUACUGGCUCAACAGUUUCCAGCUGGUUUCUCUGGAGGUCAAUUGCAAGCAACAUUUGCUGGUGCCGCCAACUUUGGUAACUUCAGGCCACAGUAUUCCGUGCCAGGACAGCCACCACAAGCUUAAAGUGUUGCAGAAGAGAUUUCUGGAUGAAAUAAUUCGAGAUAUCCGUGGCGCAACCGAAAUUGACCAAAAGGACGAUAGAAAACCAAUUAUUUGCGCGAUGUAAUUUUAUUUUUGUGAGAAUCACAAUGACUAGUUGAAUUUUCACUAGGUAAGGACCUAAGAAUUAACAGAAGAUUAAAAAGAAAGAAACAAAAAAAAAUGGGAAACGCUACAUAUAAUACGUACCAAUAAACAAAAAAAUCACAAUUUUCCUGUAUUUAUUAUCUGUACAUUUGGCGUCAAAUAUCAGCAAAAGUUGAAUGGAAAUUUGAUGAAAACAAAUCACUUUUUGUAUGGAGAACAUUUGUUAUCGUAGAAUGAGAAAAAAAAAAGAAAAAAAAAGGAAAAUACAAUGGGGACUAGAUUGUCUCGCCAGUGGUAUUUGGUGAAAAACAGUCGAUUUAUAAUCGUUUCAUUGAGCUGAUAACGCUUAGUUGAUAAUCAUUAUUUACGUGAAAAAUUGAUCUAUUUAAGGAAUGCAUUUAAGUGAAUUUGACAAUUGUAGGAAAUUUAAAAAGUUAAUGAAGAACACUCGAUAUAAUUUAUUAUUCGCUUGUUCAUUGAUAAUAUUUUUUUGUAAGCAAUUAGUCUCUACUCAACGAUACUUUGAUUUAAACUCUACUAUCAUGAAUCCAUUGUAAAAUAUUAAAAAUACAAUUUUGGUUGACAUUCGGUCGGACACUUAAGUAGAUAGAAUUUAAUAUUGUAAUAGGCCUGUAGAACAUUUUCUUUCUCUUUUUCUUCCUCCCUUCGGUUUUAUAAUAACGUAUUCAAGUUUUCGGGGCCCCGUAACAUAUUUGUAUCGAUCACACUGUGAAAUACUUACUCGCAAUUGGGAGUUAACCAUCAUCCCCCUCCCAAUUGCUAUUAUUGCCCGCAUAAUAUAAUCACACGAUUCGACACAUGUAACGAAGAAAAUCAAUCCCCUCAAGACAACUUGUAAGACAUUGUAAAUUUUAUCGUUUACCCUCUGAUUCUGCUUUCUCUCUCUCAUAAUUUCAAAAUAUGUAUACAUUUUUUUUACGAGUGCGGGAGUGAAUAAAUAAAAAUUUUGUCUUGCUCCGAA